AUGACGACGCUGUACAAGCUGUGUACAGUGAAGGUGAACAAGGAGAGGGCGGUGAAGGGAGGGGCGGUGAAGGCGGUAGUGGGGCUGGUGGCGACGGAGCAGAUGGCGGAGAAGGCGAUGGUGGUGAUGAGUAGCUUGGCGGCGGUGGCGGAAGGAAAGGAGGCGAUUGUGGAGGAAGGGGGGAUUGCGGCGUUGGUGGAGGUGAUCGAGGAUGGGUCGCCGAAAGGGAAGGAGUUCGCCGUGAUGACGCUGUUGCAGUUGUGUGGUGAGAGUGUGAGGAAUAGGGGUUUGCUUGUCAGGGAAGGUGGGAUUCCUCCAUUGGCAGCGCUUGCUCAAACUGGUACUGCAAAAGCCAAGCACAAGGCUGAAACACUGCUAAGGUAUUUGAGAGAACAAAGACAAAAAGCUUCUACUUUGAGUCCUUAGAGUUGGAGGG